CAGGCCCAGGUCGCCCUCUACGGGAGGCGCGGGAGGCGCGUCACAGGACCGCGCCGGGAGGAGGGGGUGGAGCCGUACAUCCACGACCGACGCCGCCUGGUCGCCUAGCAACGCCGCCUCGCAGAGCAAUGCAGGCAGGCGGCAACCGGGAGCUGGAGGCCAGAAAUUAUUUGGAAAAACAUCGGAUUAUGGAGUUGCUGAACUAUCUCACCAGUGCCCUCCUCUUUUUCCGGCCAGAAAAACCAAGAGAGUAUUUAAUAUCUGUAUUGGAACGACUGAGAAUUGCCAAGAUAACGGGCGUGGCUUUCCCUUUCUUUAUGGAUCACUGUAACAUUGUGUCUAUGUUUGAGAUGAUGGACACUUCAGAUAAAGGCACCAUAUCAUUUGUGCAGUACAAAGAAGGCCUAAAAACCCUGGGUCUGUUGAAUGAAGAUGAAGUUUUAAAAGACGAUGGACAUGCAAUAACUUUGGAAAAAUUCAGAGCUGAAGUGAACAAGAGGACUGAGGAAAUAUGGUCAGCAUUUUAAUAACACCAUAAGUCCAAGAUAAUAAAUGAUUCUAUAAAAUAGUUUUCAGUUGUCCAGUUUCAUUAAUUCAGAAUGUCAUCAUAUACCU